UCUUUCGCUCUCCUUAUAUCUGCUCUUGCAGCAUUUGCCAGCACCGUCAGCGCUGCUGGUGUCACCGGUGCCGCCGAAGGUUUCGCCAAGGGCGUGACUGGAGGUGGUUCGGCCGCUGCUGUCUAUCCUACCACCACUGCCGAGCUGGUCUCGUACCUUGGUGACAGCAAACCCCGUGUUAUCAUUCUCAACAAGACUUUCGACUUCCGGGGUACUGAGGGCACCACCUCUGCCAAGGGUUGCUCUCCUUGGGGUACCGGCAGUCUCUGCCAGCAGGCCAUCGACAAGGAUGGCUGGUGUGAGAACUACGAAUCUUCGGCUCCCAAGGUUUGUUGCAACAAUGGUGACAUCUCCGGUGAUACACGGUCUAAAAGAAACAUANNGGUCUCUUCCCUGACUUACGACAAGGCCGGCAUGAUCGGUAUCACUGUCAACUCCAACAAGAGUUUGGUUGGUCAGGGCAACAAGGGUGUCAUCAAGGGCAAGGGUCUCCGCAUGGCCAACGGUGUCAAGAACAUCAUCAUCCAGCACAUCGUUCUGGGCGAGUCUGCUUCCGGCAGAGUCACCAUCUCCAACUGUGACAUCGACGGUUCGUCUACCUGGUCCGCCACCUGUGAUGGCCGUCACUACUGGGCUCUGUACUUCACUGGUUCCAACGACAUGAUCACUUUCAAGGGCAACUACAUUCACCACACCUCUGGUCGUUCACCCAAGGUUCAGGGCAACACCAUCCUCCACGCCGUCAACAACUACUGGAACAAAUUCCAGAAUGUUAACACGGUGAUCGAAGCCGGAGCUACUGGUAAGUACUUCACUGUCCCUGGCAGUGGUAGCGUCUGCAGCUCCUUCAUCGGCCGCAGCUGCCAGAGCAACGCCUUCGGCAGCUCCGGUGCCUUCUCCUCUGCCGAUACCAGCUUCCUUGGUAAUUUCAAGGGCAAGAACAUUGCUUCCGCAGCUGCUGCCAGCUCUGUCUCCACUGCCAACGUUGGUUACGGCAAGAUC